GUGUGUGAAGAAAAAUAUUUGUAAGUAUCCCUAAAAAUCAAUUAAUUCCCUCAAACUAAUUUAAAUCAAUUAGCUAAGAAAGUGUUCUGUGUGAUAAGCAAGAAAAAUUAAUUGUGUUUACUGAAUUUUCCGCGAAAAAAAUCCGCUAAAGUUGAGAUUGUUGUCUAAUAGUAAUUAAAGGAGUAUUUGAACAAGAAGACAAUGGGUGUUCCAGCUGGUGAUGUUGAGAAGGGAAAGAAGCUGUUUGUGCAGCGAUGUGCCCAAUGCCACACCGUUGAAGCUGGUGGCAAACACAAGACUGGGCCAAACUUGCACGGUUUGAUCGGUCGCAAAACUGGCCAGGCAGCUGGAUUCGUCUACACGGAUGCCAACAAGGCUAAAGGUAUCACGUGGAAUGAGGAUACGCUAUUUGAAUACCUCGAGAACCCAAAGAAGUACAUCCCUGGGACGAAAAUGGUGUUUGCUGGCCUGAAGAAGCCACAAGAGCGAGGAGACUUGAUUGCUUACCUCAAGGAUGCCACAAAGUAGACAAGAAAAUAAAUCCUUCAAGAGGGGAAGACACCAUAAAAACUCCCACAGUAUAAAUCAUAAACAAAUCAAUAUAGGAAAAUUUAUUGAAUGGAGAAAACUAAGUUAUUUAAAAUGUGAACAAGAUAAUGGCGAUUAAAUCAAUUGACGAUUAUAGUGACUCUGUGUUCAAAUUUGCUGUACAUUGAUUGGAUUUGAUGAGAAAAAAAUGUAUAAAUUGUGCAAAUCAUGAGGAAAAUCUUUAUUUUUUUAAUUUCAUCGUCAAACACUAUUUUUCUUGGAAUGUGAGAUGAAAGAAUUUUGUGUGGAAUUAACAGGCAGAAAGAGUCAAUAAAGUUGAGAAUAAUUCAAAGGAA